AUGGCAUUAUCCCCGGCAUUAUUUACUGCCUCACGGGUACAGACCCUGACAUAUCUGUUGGGUGUCUGCCCGUUUUCCAUCGCGUUCCUGGUCUUCAUCAACUCAUCCGUCUCCUUCGUUGUCACUGACCUCAUCGGGCUCCAUGACGGUGAAGGUGAUGCUGUCGGGACCCUGGGCUUCGCCGAUGAGCUCCUUGCUCUGGCUGCUUGCCCCUUGUGGGGUGUUCUUUCCGAUCGGAUUGGUGUGCGCCAUGUAUGCACUGUGGGCUACGCGGUCAUUGCUGUUGCUUUAGUACUAUUCGUGCAAGCCAAGAACGUUUACCCGCAGCUUCUUCUCGGAAGAUUGCUUUUCAGCAUCGGUGGCUCGGCAGUUUCGACGAUGGUGACUGCUGUUCUGCCAACGGUAACGGGUAAGAUGGCAAAUGCCUCUUCCUACCGAGCAUCUGUCUCAUCGGAGUUGACCAUCACGCCCGAGCGACUAAACGGUUUUCGAUCUAGCCGUGACGGCUCUGGAGCCCCCGGUACCUCGCCUUCUGCACGACUUUCUGGGUUUGUUGGGCUAUCCGCUGGAUGCGGCGCUCUCAUUUCGCUCGGGGCUUUUUUGCCUCUCCCAGCCCGAUUCGAGAAGCUGGGUCUUUCACCGAUUGAGGCACUUCAGCGUAGCUAUUACCUCGUAGCUACUGUGGCCGUUCUCAUCAGUAUAUUCAGCUUCAUCGGCCUUCGCAAUCUCCCUGGUGAGGAAGACAAGGGAUGGAGUGCCCUAUGGACUUGCCAGUCCUCGCAAGACGUCGAUGAUGAAGAUGACGAUCUUGCAGGACCAUCAAGGCUGCCCUACUGGAAGCAGCUGACGACUGCCAUGUUGCUGGGAUUCCGAAACCGCAGCAUUGGAUUGGGCUAUGUAGGUGGGUUUGUCGCUCGCGCCUCCUCAGUUGGGAUUUCAUUAUUCAUUCCCUUGGCGGUCAACCACUACUAUCGUGCAUCGGGAAUUUGCGACGAGCCACAUGAGCCCACCCCUGGCUCGGGACUGGGGGAUAUCAAGAAGGCCUGCCCGAAAGCAUAUAUCCUCGCCUCUAUUCUAACUGGCGUAUCACAAUUGGUGGCCCUUAUUGCUGCCCCAGCCUUCGGGUUCUUGACUGACAAGUCUCGACGAUACAAUUCACCACUCCUAGUAGCGGCUCUUGUGGGAGUAGUCGGAUAUCUUGCCUUCGGCCUCCUUCCAAACCCUCAAUACAAAGCGCCUGAUGGCAGUGGUGGGGUCUUCGCGAUAAUGGCACUCAUAGGAAUCAGCCAGAUCGGCGCGAUCGUCUGCAGUUUGGCUGUGCUCAGUAACGGAAUUCUGAGCGUUAGCAUCGAUGACGAGACUUUACAAAAAAUCUACGAAGAGCAGAAUGGGGAGCAGGGCGAGGGGAGUGGGGGUUCGGCUGAGAACCAGCCCCUGCUUGCAGGCUCCAUAAACCGGCGGCUCCAGCACCUGUCACAUCUGAAAGGGUCUAUUGCCGGGGUAUAUUCGCUGUACGGUGGGGCUGGAAUCCUUCUGCUUACAAAAGUGGGUGGGUUGCUCUUUGACAAGUUGUCGUCGGGAACGCCAUUCUACAUCAUGGCUUUGUUUAAUGGGAUCUUGCUGGUAAUAGGGAUUGUGUGCGGUAUUAUGAAUCAUGUCGCACCAGCUUUGGCAGUGGCUAUUUGA